UUAGAAGAAAUUAAAAUGAAGAAGCUCUAGGGUAGGAGGCAAUAUCAUAUUUGUAAAAGAAAUUGAGAGCCAUUUUGUAUUGGCAAAAAGAAAAAAAAAAAAGGAAUGAUGUUAUCAGCUUCUCGCAAAGCCUAUGCAUUUCGGUACCAAAAGCACAUGGUUUUGAAGAAAGCAAUAAAGUUUAAUGUUCUCCGGACAUCGGUGUAUUUCUUCCACACCUCCAGAGGAAAUGAAUCCACGGCUGAAGAAAUCAGCAAGAUUUUGAUGCACAACAACUGGCAAUUCCUCUUAGAAUCCUCCACUGUCCCUCAAGAAAAGCUGAACCCAGAUGUGGUUCAAUCAGUUCUUCGAAGAAACCAACUGGAUAUUCAUCCCAAACGCCUUUUGGACUUCUUCAACUGGUCAAACCAGCAAAUGGGUACUCCUCAAAAUCUCGAUUCUUUCUCAAUUCUCAACUUGAUUCUAUGUAACUCCAAUUUAUUCUCACUUGCCAAUCGGUUAUUGAGUAAAAUGAUCGAGACCCGGAUUCCGGUUUUAGAUAUUUUGAGCUCAUUGCUGGAAUGUUGUAAGGAAUGUGAUAGGUUGAAAUCAAGGUCUGUUGCGUUUGAGUUGUUAAUUGAUGCUUAUAGGACAAAGGGUUUUUUGAACGAGGCUUUUUCUGUGUUUUUGGGAGCUAAAGAUGGUAAAUUUAUGCCGAAUUUGUUGUGUUGUAAUUCAUUGUUGAAGGAUUUGAUGAAGAGUAAUAGAAUGGAGUUGUUUUGGAAGGUGUAUGAGGGCGUGGUAGAGAGCGGGGUUCCUCUUGAUGUUUAUACGUACACAAGUGUGAUCCAUGCUUACUGUAAGCUUGGGAAUGUUGGGGAGGCGAAAAGGAUCCUACGCGUGAUGGAAGAAAAUGGGUGUACUCCGAAUUUGGUUACCUAUAAUGUUGUUAUAAGAGGGUUGUGUGGAAAGGGGGCUGUGGAUGAAGCGCUUCAACUGAAGAGGUCAAUGGAUGAUAAGGGGUUGAUUCCAGAUAGUUACACGUGUUCGAUACUUAUAGAUGGGUUCUGCAAGCAGAAGAGGUCAGUGGAAGCUAACUCAAUUUUGGAAGAGAUGAAUGACAUGGGUCUCAGGCCUGACCAAAUUGCCUGUACUGCAUUGAUUGAUGGCUUCAUGAAAGAGGGUAACAUAGAAGGUGCAUUUAGAAUUAAGGAUGCAAUGGUUGCAAAGGGAAUCAAGUUAAACAUUGUGGCUUACAAUACUAUAAUAAAUGGGCUGUGUAAAGUUGGUCAGAUGGAAAAGGCAGGAUUCAUGAAUGAGAUGACUACAAUGGGCAUAGCACCUGAAACUCAGACUUUUAAUUAUCUAAUUGAAGUGUAUAUUCAAAAGGGAAGUCUGGAUAAGGCUUCUGAGGUUCUUGCUGAGAUGAAGGAGAGAAACAUGGAACUUUCUGUAUAUACUUUUGGUGUCAUAAUAAAUGGGUUAUGUCGUUCUGGGGAUUACUGCCGUGCAAAACUUGUCCUAGACAAAAUGGUCAGUUGUGGUGUCAAACCAAAUGCCAUCAUCUAUUCAAACAUGAUAAAAAGCUAUGUACAGAAUGGUAAGUUUGAAGAUGCAACCAAUGUCUUGAAGGAAAUGUUGCAGAAAGGUGUUUUGCCUGAUCUAUAUUGCUAUAAUUCUGUUAUAAUUGGCCUUUGCAAAGCCAGAAGAAUGGAAGAAGCAAAAACAUGUCUAAUUGAAAUGGGAAAGUGUGGACUAAAGCCAAAUGCAUAUACAUAUGGGGCUUUCGUCUCAGGAUAUAGUGAGGCAGGGCAAAUGGAAGUAGCAGAAAGGUAUUUUAGGGAGAUGCUUGAUCGUGGUAUUGCACCAAAUCUUGUUGUUUAUACAUGCAUGAUAAAUGGCUUCUGCAAAGAGGAAAUUAAGCAAGCCUUUUCAACAUUCAACUCUAUGCUAGGACGGGGAUUACUCCCAGAUUUGCAACUGUAUAGUGUUCUUAUCAAUGGCCUCUCGAAAAAUGGAAAAUUAACAGAAGCCAUGCAAGUUUUGUCUGAUCUGUAUGAUGCAGGUUUACGUCCUGAUGUUUACACUUACACCUCCCUCAUCUCAGGCUUUUGUAAGCAAGGAAAUAUGGAAAAAGCCUUUUUGCUUCAUGAUGAAAUGUUCCAGAAGGGUAUUUUUCCAAAUAUUGUCACUUAUAAUGCAUUAAUAGGUGGCCAAUGCAAGUCAGGUGACAUUGAGAAAUCUAGGGAACUGUUUGAUGGGAUCUCUGGCAAGGGUUUGACGCCCAAUUGUGUAACUUAUGCUACAAUAAUUGACGGAUACUGCAAAUCAGGAAACCUAUGUGAGGCAUUUAACUUAUUCAAUGAAAUGCCAGCAAGGGGGCUCCAACCAGAUUCUUUUGUCUACAAUGCCCUUGCCAAUGGGUGCUGCAAGGAAGGGGAAACAGAGAAAGCAUUGUUACUGUUCCAUGAAAUGAUACAGAAAGGCAUUGCAUCUAUUGUGACUUUUAAUACUUUGAUUGAUGGGCUUUGCAAGUGGGGAAAAUUGACUAAAGCAAUUGACUUGGUGAAUGAAAUGACUGAUAAGAAUAUCACACCAAAUCAUAUAACCUUCACAAUUUUGAUUGACUACCAUUGCAAGGCUGGGAUGAUCAAAGAAGCAGAGGAACUUUUCAUAGACAUGCAGAACAGGAAUCUGAAGCCAACAAAUUUCACUUACAUGUCUCUCUUACAUGGUUACAACAAAGUUGGGAAUCGGUCAAAAAUGUUUUCAGCUUUUGAAAAUUUGGUUGAGAGGGGCAUUGAGCCUGAUGAACUGAUUUACAGCAUGAUGAUAGGUGCGUAUUUCAAAGAAGGGCAUUUGGAAAAAGGUUUUAAACUUUGGGAUCUAGCAUUGGACAAGGGAUUGCUGGAUGGAUUGACAAAUGAAACGCUAGUUGAGACCUUGUCUGGAAAUGGUGAAAUUUCUAGAGUAAUGGAAUUACUUGAUAGGAUUGGAAACCAAGGAUAUAAUCCUUGUCUUGCAAUGUGCAGUACUUUGAUCCAUGGAUUGAAUAAGGCAGGAUAUUCCGGAAGACUAGAUAAAAUAUUAGAAAUUAUGAAAGGGUAUGGCUGGAUUCCUAAAUCCACAGCUUUAAACGAGUUCAUUGAUCUAUACCAAAUAAGUGCAAAUUCUGAGAGUGUUAGCAAUCUCUCAAAGCAAGCAGCCCUAGAAGUUGCUUGUCAGGUUUAAGCAGAGUUUGAGGCGAUGGUAGUUAUGACUUUUGCGUUCUUGGUUAUGCUGGCUGUUCGACUGAUUUUUGGGAUACUGUAUAAGGAGACGGAUCUAUUAAGUGCGGUGAGCAGCCUCAGUUUUUGCUGCAAUUAAGUUGCGUGAAAGUUUUCAGCUGCAAUCAAAAGAUACAUCUGUGAAAGGUGAUGUGCUCCAUGGUACUACCUUUAGCAAUAGCAGGUGGUAAAAGAAGCAAAGGGUUUUGAGCUUAAAAGGGUUUUCGAUCCUUGCUAGCUUAAGGACAUCUGAUGGACAAGGUUGCACAUCUUACAACGAUUUUAGGGGAAUCAUGAACUGCAAUUUGGCACUGGUAAAAACACGAGGCAGACCAGCAAAAGUUUGAAGAAACACUUUGCUCAUAGCGCAGAGUGAUUAGGGAAACUUCGGACUCCAUGCUCCCUGGAGCAUUUUGAGCUACACACUCCCACUUUUCUCCAAGUGAAUUGUACCAAAAAUCAAGCUGUAUCAACAUGCAGUUCAUUCUCAUGAACUGGCAAUCCUCUGCUGUCUUUUUCUGUUUCAAUGAGGACCACUGUUAAUGUUUAGUCACCAAAAAGCUUCUGGUGAUCACUGGCUCGAGUCACACUGAUGAAGAAGAUGUUAUGCGAUAAAUUUGUGGAAUUGGUUUUCGUGCCUGACACCAAAUUUAGGUGGACAAACAAAUGGGACUUGGUGGAUCAAUGUGUCUGAUUUUCUGCAUUCGCUGAUGACUUGCUUUGUUCUACACUGAUAAUUAGUGUAUUUGACAAAACAAAAUUAUGAAAAUCGGGAAAGAGUAAAAGAUUUCCACUUUGAUUACUGAAUGUUAUGUAUUGUUGUUUAGUCUAAUUAGUAGCUGGAUGGAUGAUUGAGAGAAGUGGGAAUCCAAGUAAAAAGGGAAUUGGCAGUUCGAGUUGGAAAAUAUAAGGCUUGUGCAGAUACCAUAUAGUUUUACUUCUUCA